CAGAGUUUUUGAGAGGGCCUCCGGUGCACGCGUUAACAUGGCCAAGUCUACGUUAACGCACUUUGGUGCAGUGUCUCGCUCCCUGAGGAGAUGGUCAUUCCAGCAAGGGGAUGGCACGGUCAGAGUGCUGGGUGUGUACCUCGGCGCUGAUAUCCGGGCUGCCAGAGAUAAAAGCUGGGCGGAGAUCGUGGGCAAAGUCAGGCGCAGGCUUACUCUGUGGGCAAUGAGAAGCCUGUCCCUGCGUGCCAGGGUACAAGUGAUUAACAGCUUAGUGCUGCCUAUGGUGCUGCACACCCUGGCCGUCCAUGAUCUUCCCGCCCAAACCUUGCAGAUGAUCUUGACAGCCAUCCGUGCUUUUGUCUGGAGGGGGAGGCCCAGCCUCAUCGCAUACGCCACCUUGGUGUGUCGUGUGCGGGAGGGUGGGCUAAAUCUGAGAGAUCUGGGCACGGUCAGGUGCGCCUUGAGGGUCAAGCUGGUCCAGAAACUGCUCUCGGGGGGGGGUCUCGCCUAUUGGCUGGACUUCCUCCAGGAACAGGUGGGGCGGUGUGGACCCUGCGGGCUUUUUAACCUGUGUGGAGUCCCCACCGUUGAACAAGUAGAGACACUUGACCCUCUUUUUGCUGAAGUGAUGCGGGUGUGGGGUGGGGCCCGGCGACUCCUCGGGGCUACCAUCGAGCACAGGGACCAAGUCUUGUUGCAGCCGCUCCUGCGAAACCCGUGUUUGGCUCCUGCCAGCAGGCCCCUGGUCACCACCCUCCUAUCGAGGGCGGGCCUCCACCAGGUACACCAUCUGGUAGGCAGUGAGGGGCGUGUCGAUAGGGAGCGGGUCAUUCGGGCUCUCCGCACUAAUGCUGUCACUUUUAGUCCAAAGGUUGUGGUGGCUUUGUGUGCCAGGGUGGAGAGUGCCCUCCCGGAUUCUUGGGGGGCAGUCCUCAGGCGACAACCUAAGAUGGGGCACGGUGGAGCGGGUGAUCCAGGUGGAACUUUGCCAGAUUUCCACGUCUCCUGGGGAGGGCCCCCCACGGCACUUCAGGCCAUGACAACUAAAAAAUGGUACCGGCUGCUUGUGGACAAAGCAUGCAGACGGCCAACAGCGGAAGUGGCGUGGGGACAGCUAUUCCCAGGGCGGGAUGCUGGGUCCAUCUGGCAUAACGUGGAUCUCCGCUUCGCUGGCCCCGACAUAUUUGGCACUGAGUAUAGAAUUCGCCACCGAAGGAUCUUCACGGCUGUGAUUCUCAGGCAAAUUGACAAGGACCGUUACAAGCGCACAUGCGUGAGGUGUGAGAAGGAGGAUGAGACUUUGGAGCAUCUUGUGCUCAGUUGCUCCUCUCUGGUCCCCUUCUGGGUGGCUGUCUGUGGACUGCUUGCCCGCUGCUGCGCCUGGUCGGCACCCACAGAGCAGGAACUUUACUGGACGCUAAUCUUUGGGCUACCUGAGAACAGCAAAACCUCAGACAUAUGGACUACCAACUUAGUCCUGGCUGUUGCCAGGCACGCCAUUGUUGUUGCCAGAAACUGUGCCUUAUAUGACAAUAAAAAGGUGAACACAUGGCAGUUCUUUAAAAACUGGCUGCGAAGACACCUUCGGGCACUUUGGACGGUGCGCCCAGCAUGGAUUGAAAACUGUUCAUGCUCCCGAGCCACGCUGUGCAGUAUGGUGGGAGGCCAGCUAAUGUUUAACUUUUGAGAAAAUAAGAAAAAAAAAAAAAAAAAAAAAAGAAAAUCUUCUUGAAAGUGAACUUGGUUGGGUGCCGCUUGUGUUGGUGUGUAUGCAGAGUCUCCUCCUCUGUCUUGGGAGAAGGAGAGACAGUAUAAGAGGCAUGGUUUAAUGUAAGGAUAAAUUGUGUGUCCUGUAGUGGUUAAUUUAGCUCAAAAUGUAUUGAGGUAUACAGCAGGUUCUGUACAAUAGAAGUAUCUACUUCAGCCGUCCAUAGAUGAUAAAAUAUAUAUAUAUUUUUUAUUGUGUGUAUUAUAUAGGGGAUUAGGCCUCAGUUGAGUGUUUAUUUAAGAUGAAAGAUAAAUGUGUUGUAAAUUUAAAAGCUUUUGUGAGGUUGUACCUCUCUUUUAUCUUGUUAAAAUGUAUGUACUUU